CCGUGUCAGAAGUCACUAUGGGGUGCAACAUGUGCAUGGUUCAAAAGCCUGAGGAACAAUACAGGGUCAUGUUCCAGAAGAGUCAGAUAAACAACAUGUUGUGCUCUUUUGAGGCCGACGGUCGAUUUAAGGUGAAUGGAAAGGAGCUGUCCCGCCUUUCUGGGGAUCCCACCCUGGACAUGCGGGACCCUGUGCUGAACAACAUCCUGAGGCGGGGAGCCCGCAAACGUGCAGGUCUAGCGGGACCCCCUGGCGGCUUAUUGCCAGUCACCAUGGGUAUGGCCGACUGUGUCGACAGCUGCACCCAAACAGACAUCAGCUUCCAGCAUAUGUUGACUCUGGGCAAGAGCAGCCAGCAUCCCUGUGGCGCUCCGCCCCCACCCGACCCUCCACUACCGCCGUUACUGGAGCCAUAUCUACUGAAUGAACUCUUCAUAGAGCCUGUAUACUACGACCCCACUGACUACUUUGAUAUUAAUCAGCAUGAAGUGGACAGGCAGGAUGAACUGGAAUAUGAGGAGGUGGAGCUGUAUAAGUCUCGUCAACAGGAUAAACUCGGGCUGACAGUGUGUUACAGAACCGAUGAUGAGGAGGACCUGGGAAUAUAUGUCGGAGAGGUGAACCCAAACAGCAUCGCCGCAAUAGAUGGACGCAUCCGCAAAGGAGACAGAAUCUUACAGAUAAAUGGAGUGGACAUCCAGGACCGAGAGGAGGCAGUAGCUAUUCUCACCAGAGAGGACAGCACUAACGUCUCGCUGCUGCUCGCACGACCCGAGAUAGAGAAUGACAACCAGCUGGACCAAGACGAGCUGGACCUGGAGACGCUGGACAACGCGGUUCACCUCGCCGGCAGUCACCGCCGCGUGAGGAACGGCACCUCCGCCCUGGGCGCCGUGCCGGGCGGCGUGGCGGGUGUGCUCGGAGGCCACGGCCGCUCGGUGAACAGGGACUCGCCCGAUUUGCUCCACGCGGUGCUGAGCAACAGCCAGGAGCUGGACAGCGGGGUGGGCCGCACGGACGAGAGCACGCGCUGCGAGGAGUCUUCGGAACACGACCUCCUGGGGGACGACCACACCAGCGCCUCCAAUACCAACGCCACCAAUACGCCCGGCAGCAUGCGCAGGUUCCUGUCGGGCCAGGGGGACACCCCGCCCUCGCUGCACUCCCAGGACUUCCAGUUCAGCACGGACUCCCUCUUAGGGCUGGACUGUGUGACCGGAGGAGGGCUGGAACAGGUGGAGAGGGCGUACGCUGCCGAUCCCGUGAGAAUGAUGAUGCCCGGGCUGACCGAGGAGGAGUGCGAGAGGUACAAAGAGCUCCUGGAAAUCAAGUGUUACUACGAGAAGAUCAGCAAUGCUCUGAUGCCACCGGGAGGUCAGGGGCCGGCCCAAGAGGACGGCGUCCAGCUGGACGUCAACAGGAACGAGAGCCUGACGCAGCACGAGAUGGCCCUCCUGGAGGAGGAGCUGCGGCACUUGGAGUUCAAGUGUCGCAACAUCCUGAGGGCGCAGAAGAUGCAGCAGCUGAGGGAGCGGUGUCUGAAGGCGUGGCCUCUCGAGGACAAGAGCGGAGCCGGCGCGUUGGUCAGCGAGGAGUCCCGUCGCCACGCGCUGUCCGACAUCAACGAGCUCCCAGAGAGGGAGCGCUCGGAUAAGGACAGCACCAGCGCCUACAACACCGGGGGGGAAAGUUGCCGGAGCACUCCUCUGGUCAACGAGCAGUACCCUUCCGCCUCGACACAGAGCCUGGAGGGAGGGGAGCCUCUUCCCCUGGCGGGCGUGCAUCCUCCGCCCUCCGCUCGGCAGAGAGAGAGAGGAACCAGGGUCGAGAGAGGCGACGGGACACAAGCGAACCUCAACCAGCUCUACUCUCCGCACUCUCACAGGAGGCGAGCCGAGGCCAAGACAUACAGCCCCGGAGCCAAGGUCAGGUCCCUGUCCCGGGACCGAGGCACCCGGCGGGGCUCGGAUGGCGAGGUGAGGCGGACCCCCAAAGCCAAUGGGGCCGCCGAGAGGUCAGGGGGAUACAGUGCCGACAACAGCCCUUACCUGUCUCGCCGUCUGGCGGACGCCGAGCCGCCUCAGCACUACCUGAGCUGCAUGCAGCUGCGGUCCCCCUCCACCUCGGAGCGGCUCGGUGGCCUCGGAGACGCCCCCGGAGAGGGCGGCGUGGAGAGUUGGGGCGACGCCAGCCCGAUGAGCUUGGGCAGCACGUGUAAAGACGUCGCUCAGGCCCCCCCCGCCGCCGCCGUCGUCCCCUCGUCCCCUCCAAUGGCGCCCGCGUCCCCUCGCAUGGAGUGGAAGGUGAAGAUCCGCAGCGACGGCUCUCGCUACGUGGCCAAGCGGCCGGUGAGGGACCGCCUGCUGAAGGCGCGCGCCAUGAAGAUCCGAGAGGAGCGCAGCGGCAUGACGACGGACGACGACGCUGUGAGCGAAAUGAAGAUGGGCCGUUACUGGAGCAAAGAGGAGCGCAAGCAGCAGCUGCUGAAGGCCCGGGAGCAGCGGCGGCGCCGGGAGUUCAUGAUGCAGAGCCGCCUCGACUGUUUGAGAGAGCGCGAGAGGGAGCAGGGGGGAGGAGGCGGCGGGCAGCAGGGGGCGCCACCGCCGCCGCCUCCGCCGCCGCCGCCGCCGCAGGAGCCCACCUCCGUCCUGGAGCUGUGCCACCGCAGUCGCGUGAAGAAGCGCAGUCGCAGGAUCCUGGACAACUGGAUCACGAUACAGGAGCUUCUGGCCCACGGGUCCAGGUCCGCAGACGGGAAGAAAGUGUACAACCCGCUGCUGUCCGUCACCACAGUCUGAGAUCAGAGUUAGCGGGAGAUGAGGAGGCGGGGCCAAAGGGGUUUCGACAGGGGGCCUGAAAGACGAACACAAGCGGCUUCGGCACACGCAUUUCAGAGUGGAGAGAAGCUUGUGACUGCCAGGAACAGCAUCCGGGUCAGAAAGGCGAUACACACAUUAUCGUCGAAUCGAAGCUACAUUUCACAAAUGCAUAUCCGUAUAUGAGGACGCAGAAUUACAAAAGUGACACACAUUCGCAAUUCUGCUCCAGUAUAUUUGAUAUGCACUGUGUCCCGCUGGUCAUUUCGUCUGGUUGAAUGGAGCUUAACGUGUCAGGGAAACAAUGUUCAGACAUUUUCAUGAGGAAUUGAAGCGAAGAACAGGAAGUGAACCCGUCGCUGUGCAAGUCACGUUUUAAAUCCGGACGUCACGCAGCCGGAGCACAAGAAAGAUGCAUGUGAAGCAUAUUUCAGAGUACAUUUAGAAAUGAGUCAGCACACGAGAUCUGUCUUAUUACAUAAAGGAGAGAGCGCCACCUGCUGUGUUAGAGGAGCUUUGCACGACAGUAGUCGUUGCUGGCCUCUACAUUUUCAUCAAGGACAGAAUAAAUGAAAAUCAAAAGUGGGGCUUAGAACCAUGCAGCUGGAAAAACACCAGGAAAAAGUCACUUCUGUGCCAUACAACUGUGUAUUUAGUGUCCAUCAAGGACUUUUGAUAUUUUAUUGUGUGCCAGUUAAUGUAGUUACAUAUGUUGUUUUUUUGUCAUUCGUGUAGUGUUCAUGUUAAAUGAUCCUUUGUUGUGAUGCAGAAAAAUGCAACAUUGUCAGACCACAGAUGCUUUUUUUGAUGAGGAGCUGAGCGGUGCCUUCCCGUCAGGCAGACUUUACUGUAUAGCACAAUUUUCAAAGCGAUAAUAAAAAGGAGAAGAGCUGGCCUACAGAUAAGGUAAUCACUGAAGCACAGAGCAACUGACAUGCCUUCUGUUCGCUUUCUUUGAGGGAAAGCCGUGUUGUAUAAAGCACAAAGACGUUUGAGAUUUUUUUUGAAAAGGGCACAUUUGCUAUUUAAAUUAAUAACCUAUCAAAUACAUUUGUAUCCAUUUAACAUUUGAAAAGAGCAAAAUGCUUUUCUCCCCCAGACCAAUGAGUUUGUCAGUAUGCAAAUAUAAUGUAUUCCAAUGUUGACUGAAAAAAGGCCAUUUCAUUGCAAAUUAAGAUUAUUCUCUCCUAUUAAAUCCCUGUAAAUCGAGUUUACAGCUACUUCAACUGUAGACAUCAGAAUUAGCCUUUGGAUUAUUAGCCAGGAAAAAUACCUAUAACAACAAUAACUGCCAAGAAUGUAGUCCAGAAAACCCUGUGAACAAAGCUGAUUUUUAUUUGGCUUACAUGCAUGUUUGAUAUUGAGGCAGAAAUGUUUUUUAAAGACUGGAAGCCUUUAACAUUCUGUAUUCGUGUGUGUCUUUCUAACUUGCUUCGAACGCCAGCAUAGUUAAUGAAAACAUGGUGUACUUGUUCAAUAUUGUGAUGUCCGUUUUGUGUCACCCAUUUUACAGUGAAAGAUUUUUUAAAUAAAUGCUGUGCUCAUGAAACUUUC